AUGCCCUAUGUGGGCGACGAUGUCCAUCGCGCGACGACAAAACGCAAAUGGGAUCACGACGGCAAUGAAUCCCUCCGAUUUCCACAUCCUAGCUCCAGCGCCGCGGUUUUUCACGUCUUGAACCAACAGACAGCCCCAGAAAGCAGCGUGGACGGCAGUAUUUUGGCGCGCAAGACGCUGCCCCCGACAAAACGAUUCAGAACGAUUCACGACGAUGGCGACUCGCACUUUUCACAUCGGCGAGCCGCCUCUCGCGAGCUAUUAGCGACAACACCCGUAUCGCAAGGCGCUCAUGCCAGCAGUAACGACUGCAAAGGCCCUGUCAAGAUCAACGGCGUGGCCAUCAUGCCGUGCCACGUUUGCCACCGGAGGCCGACCAAAAAAUCCGACCUCGACUCCUUCGCCCGAUGCCAAUCGUGCCAAGAGCAAACCUGCUUCGUCUGCAUUCGUGAAUGCCGACGCCAGAAGAACCUCCACAACGACCCAGAAACGCCUCUCCUUGAAGAGAAUAAAGGCGUCCAGCGAUCCUUUCACAUGGACGAAGACGAAUGCGAGAUGUCUCUAGGCACUUUGAAUACACACGCGCCGCAGCAUGAUGACAGUCGUGCUAGCGAUCGAGAAGGCACAUCUAGCAGAAAUUCAGCCAACAACAACAGCAGCAGCACCCAUCACGCCAUGAUAUGCAGCCGUUGCUGCGUCGAAGAGGGCCCCGAGGGCGAAGUUGUCUGUCUGGGCUGUUUAUCCAACAUGGACACUGCAUGA